AUUUUGACAAUCACGUAACCACCAUCCACCGAAAGGAUCGAAAAGUGUAUUUUGUUUACGAAUGUUUAGCUUUUUACUUAAAGUUAGACAAUUUAGAAAUUGAAUUAAAAUGAAUAGAAAAAUUUUGUUGAAUUGUGAAUGGACAUUAAAGCGAGUAUUAUCAACAAACGCGAAAAAAUUCGAUGGUACAGCAAAUGUGUCUGAACUGACGAAGGACUAUAUUGGGCCGCCGGAUAUCAAAUCAAAUAUUCGACCGGUUAUACGACACAUCCCGGAAAAUGAAACCAAUACGGAACGUUUACUGAGGACCCGUGCUACCGAAAUCGAAAAAUGGAAUCAUCAAAUUUGGGAGAGUCACAAUAAACGAUUCUUCGAUGAAAGGGAGGCCUUCAUUGCGGCAAAUAAAGAUAAAGGUUCGGAUACGGUGCCAGCUGAUAAAAUGAGCGAAUUUUACAAGUACUUUUUGGACAAGAACUGGAGUUUACAUUUUUACUACAAUGUAUCGUGGUACAUGAAAAAUGUGGAAUUGUUACUUUUAUCGGCUCAGGUAAACAUUAGUCAAAUUUUUCGAAAACUUCGUAACAAAACCAGGAUGUAAUUACUAGUCCAUUUAUAUAAUUAGAAAUUAUAUGUAAAGUGUUGGCAUAACGUU